UCCAUCCAAGUCCCCAAGCCCAAGUCAAAGUACUCUUGCUUUGCGGUUCUCGAAGUCAUUGUUUGUUGUUUUGCAUUUCUGUAUUUAGAGUGAAAAUCAUUUAACACAUCGUAGGGUUUACCGAAUCCGUCGAAAUGAUAAAAUAGUUCAGUUCUCUUGCAGUGUAAAAUCAUAAGUUUGCUUCGUUGAUGUACUGUUAAACGCAUAUUCUUACGAUUUUAUAUUCCGAUUUUUGACUGUCCUUCCUACCUAGGAAGCCGACUGCUCAGUGGCUAAAUCCACACAGCCGAGUACGAUGUCAGACAGCGACGGCAGUAGUCCAGUAAAGGAGAAUGGCGCACCUAGCAGCGGCGAGGAGCCCGCGCCCAAAAAGGCUGCACCAGCCAAGAAACUCACAGUUGAGAAGAUAUACCAGAAAAAGUCCCAGUUGGAACAUAUUCUACUCAGACCAGAUACCUAUAUAGGGUCUGUGGAGCCUGUAACGGAGACAAUGUGGCUGUAUGACUCCGAAUUGGAAGCAAUGGUACAGAAAGACAUCACUUAUGUUCCGGGGCUCUACAAGAUAUUUGAUGAGAUAUUGGUCAACGCCGCAGACAACAAACAACGUGAUGCCAAGAUGGACUGCAUCAAAAUUGAUAUUGACCCAGAGAACAACCAGGUGUCAGUGUGGAAUAAUGGCAAGGGAAUCCCAGUAGUGGAACACAAGGAUGAGAAAAUGUUUGUGCCUACGAUGAUCUUUGGCCACUUGCUCACCUCGAGCAACUACAACGACGAGGAGGAGAAGGUGACAGGAGGUCGUAACGGCUUUGGAGCCAAACUGUGUAACAUCUUCAGCACCAAGUUUACCGUUGAGACAUCCUCCUCGGAGUAUAAGAAAUGCUUCAAACAGACAUGGGGUAACAAUAUGUCCAAGGCUUCUGAACCCAGAGUAAAGCCGACGUCAAGAGAAGACGAAGAUUACACUAAGAUUACCUUCUCACCAGACCUGUCCAAGUUCAAGAUGGACAGAUUGGAUGAAGGUAUUGUCUCUCUUAUGACCAGGAGAGCCUAUGAUGUGGCAGCAUCUACACGAGGUGUCAAAGUCUAUCUUAAUGGCAAGCGACUGCCUAUCAAGAGUUUCAAAGAUUAUGUGGAGCUGUUUGUGAAAGGCAAAGAGGACGAUAUGGGUAAUGCCAUCAAGAUCAUCUACGAGAAUGUCAAUCCUCGGUGGGAAGUGGCUGUCGCCUUGUCUGACAAAGGCUUCCAACACAUGAGCUUUGUCAACAGCAUCGCCACCAUCAAGGGAGGUCGUCAUGUUGAUCAUGUAGCUGACUCCAUCGUUAAACAGCUGAUAGAAACCAUCAAGAAGAAAAACAAAGGUGGCAUGCAGGUAAAGCCAUUCCAGAUCAAGAACCACAUGUGGAUCUUUAUCAACUGUCUGAUUGUCAACCCGACCUUCGACUCUCAGACCAAAGAGACAAUGACAUUACAGGCCAAGAACUUUGGCUCCAAGUGUACACUCAGUGAAAAGUUCAUUACCACUGUAACCAAGUGUGGUAUAAUUGAGGCAGUGUUAUCUUGGGCCAAGUUCAAACAGCAGAACCAGCUGCAGAAAGCCUGCAGUGGGAAGAAACAGAAUAAGCUCAAAGGUGUUCCAAAACUGGAGGACGCCAACGACGCAGGCACCAAGAACUCGCUGGAUUGCACAUUGAUCCUGACUGAGGGAGACUCAGCCAAAUCUCUGGCUGUGUCGGGUCUGGGAGUCGUGGGGAGAGACAAGUACGGAGUGUUCCCACUGCGAGGCAAACUGCUCAACGUCAGGGAGGCCACACAUAAACAGAUUUUGGAGAACGCUGAGAUUAACAACAUAAUCAAGAUUGUGGGACUGCAGUACAAGAAGAAGUAUGAGACUAUAGAUGAUCUGAAGACGCUACGUUACGGACGACUCAUGAUCAUGACAGAUCAGGAUCAGGACGGCUCGCAUAUCAAAGGACUGAUCAUAAACUUCUUGCACACCAAUUGGCCGUCGCUGCUAAAGCUUCCAUUCCUCGAGGAGUUCAUCACUCCCAUCAUCAAGGCAUCCAAGGGCAAAGAGGAAAUUAGUUUCUACUCUCUACCAGAGUUUGAGGAAUGGAAGAGAGAUAAGGAUAACUGGCAUACGUACAAGAUCAAGUACUACAAAGGUUUGGGUACCUCCACAUCAAAGGAGGCCAAAGAAUAUUUCUCUGACAUGAAGAGGCACAGAAUCCUGUUCAAGUACAGUGGUGAGGAUGAUGACAAGCACAUCCUGAUGGCAUUCAGCAAGAAGAUGGUCGACUCUCGUAAAGAGUGGCUCACAAACUGGAUGAGUGACUGCAAGCGGCGAGCGGAACUUGGUUUGCCCGAAGAUUACCUGUACACCAAGACCACACGAGUGGUAUCGUAUAAGGACUUCAUCAACAAGGAGUUGGUUCUAUUCAGUAACAUGGACAACGAGAGAUCCAUUCCUAACCUGGUCGACGGACUCAAGCCCGGUUCGAGAAAGGUGCUGUUCACUUGUCUGAAGCGUAAUGACAAGCGUGAGAUCAAGGUGGCUCAGCUGGCUGGCAGUGUGGCGGAACACUCUGCGUACCACCAUGGUGAGAUGUCGCUGAUGACUACCAUCAUCAACCUGGCGCAGAACUUUAUAGGCAGCAACAACCUCAACCUGCUACAGCCCAUUGGUCAGUUCGGCACCCGGCUGCAGGGAGGCAAGGACGCAGCCAGUCCCAGAUAUAUCUUCACCAUGAUGAGCCCUCUCACAAGGCUCAUCUUCCAUCCCCAUGAUGACCCCUUGCUCAAGUACCUCAAAGAUGACAACCAGAAGGUAGAGCCAGUGUGGUACUGUCCUGUGAUCCCCAUGACUCUGGUCAACGGAGCGAGUGGUAUCGGAACAGGGUGGAUGACCAAGAUACCCAACUACAAUCCCAGGGAGAUAAUUCAAGUUCUCAAGAACAUGAUGAGGGGCGAAGAUCCACCUCACUUGAUCCCCUGGUAUAAGAACUUCAAGGGAGACAUUGAACCGUUUGGUGAAGGCUACAUCUGUAGUGGAGAGAUCAGAGUGAUCAGUCAUGAUAAGCUAGAGAUCACGGAACUGCCUAUCGGCACCUGGACCCAGCAAUACAAGGAAUCUGUGUUGGAGGUGAUGCUUCACGGUGAAGGAGAUAAGAAGCCUGCAGUGAUCUCCGACUACAAGGAGUACAACACAGACACGACUGUAAGGUUUGUGGUGACUAUGCCGGCUGACCGUCUGGUGAAACUGGAGACAGAGGGACUACAUCAGGCAUUCAAACUGCAGACCACCAUCAGCAUCACUAGCAUGUGCUGCUUCGACAGGGACAGUGUGCUGAAGAAGUAUGAUAGCAUCAAGACCAUUCUACAGGAGUUCUACAACGUGAGGCUGGAGUACUAUGACAAGAGGAAGGCUUGGCUGGAGGGUAUGUUGGAGGCCGAGGCAAGGAAACUCUCUAACCAGGCAAGGUUUAUUGUGGAGAAGUGCGACGGCAUAUUGACAAUUGAGAACAAGAAGAAGAAGGCAAUGAUCGAGGAGUUGGUGAAGAAGGGGUAUGACUCGGACCCAGUGAAAGGGUGGAAGCUGAAACAAGAUAGGGAGGCUCUGUUGGAAGAGAGAGAGCCAGCAGAUAGCCAGGAUGAGGAGAGCGAAGCUAGUGAUGACAAGGGUCCGGACUAUGACUACCUGCUGGGCAUGACCAUGUGGUCACUAACCAAGGAAAAGAAGGAUGAGUUACUACGCAAGAGAGAUGAGAAGCAGACGGAACUGAGGGUACUGCAGGCCAAAACACCUAAGGAUCUGUGGACUGAGGACUUGGAUGUACUUCUGGAGAAGCUGGACGAGGUAGAGGCCAAGGAGAGGGCAGACGACACUGGAGAGGCCGUGGGUAAGAAAGUGGCCAAGUUGAAGCCCGGAAUGUCCAAAAAGGCUCACAUGAUGUCUGAGACAGCACCUUCACCUCAGGGUCGCAGGGUGGCGCCAAAGAUUGCUGAAGAACAAAAGAAACGAUUGGAGAACAAGGAGAGAGCCAAGGAAAACAAGGGAAAGAGACUGAAAAAGGUCAAAGAAGAAGAUAAGGACAAGUUUGACCUUUUGGCUGAGGACACUAAAUCUCUUGCAGAUAAACUAGGAAAUACCCCAGACAAAAUAGAGAAGAAACUGAAAGCAGCCAAGAAAGACCUGAGCAAAGCCAAAUCAAAGGGUUCACCUAAGAAGAAGGGCCGAAACCCCUGGAGUGACUCGGACGAUGACGGAAGCGCCAGCUCCAACAGCGACUUUGAGUCGACUCCGGUGAAAUCCGUCCCUGCCCGAACCAUUUCAAGACGUUCGGCCGCUGAAAAGGUGAAGUUCAACUUUGACGAAAGCUCAAACUCUGAAGAAGAAUUGGAGCUGAAGGACAAUGAGGGUAUCAUGAACGGAGGUGAUGUCAAACAGGAAGUAGAUGCCGACUUGGACGAUGGAAGCUUCCAUUCCGACAAUUUUGUUCCAUCUGAUCCAGAUAGUGAAGAAGAGAAGGCAAAGAAGAAAAAGGGAGGUGGUAAAAAGAAAAAGGGAGGAUCGGAUGAUGAGUUUGAAGCCAAGAAAGCAAAGAAAGCUCCCGCGAAACCGAGAAAAAAGAAAGGUUCAGAUUCAGAAGAUGAUGUAGAAGAGAAGAAACCAAAAAAGAAAGCUCCUGCCAAACCAAAAGCAGUCAAGAAAGAUUCCUCCGACAAUGACAGCGAUUCCGAUUUUGGUGUUAAGAAAUCUAAUGCUAAGGUGGAAGAAGACUCAGAUGCAGUGUUUGACUCACUGUUAUCGUCUGCACCUAAGAAGCCGGCAACAACAUUGUCUGAAUCAGAACCUGACUCUCCUGUGAAAAAGUCAAAACCUGCUGCUAAGCCAAGACCUGAACCAAAAGCCAAGAAACCAGCAGCUAAAAGGCCGAAAAAGUUGGCUGAUUCAGACAGUGAUGCAGAUAUUUUCAAUUCCCAACCCAAGAAGAAAUCAGCUAAAAAGCAGAAGAAGGCAAGCUCCGGCAGUGAGGACGAGUUUAUGGUCGAGUCAGAUGAAGAGAAGGUUGUAUCUGCACCAUCAAGAGCAACUACGGGCCGUGCCAAGAAACCCAUCAAAUACACGUUUGAUGAUGAGGAUUCCGAUUAGAACACUGAUUGUGCUUGUGUAAAUGUGAUUUUAACUUUAAGCCGAAGUUGAAUAGUUUUUAACUAUUUAUUUACUUAAGUUUUAUUGUUAAGUGAGGAACAUUUUACUUAGGUUCCAGUUUUAUACUCCCGGUUCUUUGAACAAAGUAUUUGUGUUACUACCGAGGGUAAAUCAUGAAAAUAAAAUGUGAUGUUAAGAUAGCGUUAGUCUAAAAUCCCUUUGCAUUAAGGUAUUGAAGAUAAUUUUUAUCGACAUCACUAUGUUUUGUACUCAUAAUACAUAGAUUUAGUCUUGAACAUUCUUGCUGUACAUGAAAAUGUCGAUAUUCCUAUCCUGUUCAUUUUUUUCUGUUUGUUAACAGUUAGUUGAUUUUGUAUUUUUAUUAGUCUUAAGGUUAAACUGUGACAUAAAUUAUAGCUAAUUGUUUAUUAUUUU